UCUUUUUGUAAUGCCAGGUGGCGGAACACCACCACCAAGCCAGAUGACCGACGAGCUGCAGCGCGUUGGAGACAUCGCGUCACACAUGGCUGUUCGGCUGCCCAAUCCCUGUGACAGUGACCGCAGCCGGCAUAAUGCUGUGCCAGGGGGAUCGCAGCCUUCCAAAUUGCAGUGCACACCUGCUGUCGCUGCACUGCUGUCAGAGACUCAAGACAGGCCUCUGGAACAGUUCGCUGGUUGUCAAGACAUGUACGACGAAUCAACAGACCUCUGGUCAUGGGACGACAACAGUAGCCCGAUAGAAGAUGCUUCAACAAAUACUGCACGCCCCCAUGGCCAAGUACAAGACACUUUAGACAGCCAACCACGCAAUGGCGGUGGUGCAAAACCAUCAGAGGCUGCAGCUGUACCAUCUACAGCAAGUUCCAGUGCCGCUGCAGCGGUGGCAUUGCUGGUGGUCUUGGUGGAGCAGGUGACGUAG